AUGUUAACCGGCGCUGAAGUGGCGGUCCACUCGUCAAAGGAGUCAUGUUGGAUCGUUAUCGGUCUCCAAGUAUACGAUAUCACGGCGUUUCUCUCUCAGCACCCCGGAGGCGCUAAUAUCCUGCUGAGGAAUGCAGGCACCGAUGCAACGGCGGCCCAUUUAGGUCCUCUGGAUCCAAAUACGGCAAAGGAUAUGGCACUGGCUAAGUCAACCUCGACCCAGUCGGUCCCAACUGGUGAGGACAAUACACCUCCUCAUUUAUCUCUCUGUGUAAGAGUCUCGGACUUUGAAGCGCCGGCCAAGGCUAUCCUCUCCAACAAGUCUUGGGUUUACGCCUCUGCCACCGCUAACUCGGGCCAAUCCAUGAGACGUAAUCUGGAUGAUUGGUCCCUCAUAUCUUUCCGCCCACGUGUUCUAUGA